AAUAAAAAUAAACAAUAGUUUUGAAAGAUCAAUGUUAUUAAAUAACAUAAUUAUCACAUUGCAUGGAAAUGUAAAAAAAAGUAAAAGUAGCAUCUGAAAGUUUCUGUUCUCUUGGCUACCAGUUUUUGGCAAUUUAUUAAAUUAUUUAUAGGUAAAACUUUAAUUUUACACAAUGUCUCAGCAUUCAGAAAAAGAGUUUAUUGACGCUAGCACAACAAAUAUUGGUCUUUGCACAUCUCCUUUAAAUAAAUUUGUAUGGAAUAUGGCUAACACAAGAGUAUUAUUAGAUUUAUGGAAAGAUAAUUACAAAGCAUUAACAUCUGUAAGAAGAAAUACAAAUAUUUACAAGCAAAUGGCAGCUGAAUUUUCAAACACAUUUAAUAUCGUACCUCCGUUAACUGGAUAUCAAAUUCAAUCUAAAAUUAGUAAUUUGAGGAAACAAUUUAGACAAGAAAAACAUCAAGUUGGUUCAUUGAUAGGAGCUCCUAGUAAAUGGUGGCCUGAAGAUAUUGUUGCCAAAAUAAUAGGUGGUGAAGCUUCCCUUGACAAUGACCUUUUAUCUCAAAGUCAAAACUUUUCUACUCAGGAUUUUCAAGAUGGUCAGAUUGUCACAAUGGAAGAUGGCAAGGAGACUGUCAGUAUUUUAAAUAUUGAAGCUUUGGAUGAUACAAGUGAUGUGCAAUCGAUUGUAACUAUUCCUGAUGAGGAACCAACUCAAUCUACAUCCGGCUGCAAUAAACGAAGGAACUCUGAUGAUGAAAAAACUUUGAAUAAAAUAGCAAAAACUGAACCAGUGAGAAAAAAUAAAAAAACAAAUUUUUCUUCUGAAUAUUAAAAAAUAGCAAAUAAAAAUCUAGAUGUUCAAAUCCGUUCGCAAGAGCUACGAAUCAGAGAGGUUGUUGCUUUAGAGCGUAUUUGCGAUGCAAUUGAAAAUGCAUCUAAAGCCCUAGUAGAUGUGUCUAAAGCCUAAGUAGAAUAUUAUAAAUUUUUAAUAAAAAAAUAAGGUGUUCUAUUAGUCAAGAUAUCUUUUUAGUAAUUAUGUUAAAGUUGAAAGGUCAGUAUUUUUUCAACAGUAUACCUUGUUUACAAUUCUAUGCAAUAUAUAUUUCUUAAGGUUUUUCAAUGUUUUAACUAAAGAGAUGGUUAGUGAAAUAUUGUACAAGCUUGUAGAUGAAGCUCUAUUUAUAUAUAUUUUUUCAUGUUACCAUAUUACUUUUAUGAAAGGAAUUUUUACUUUAUGUAAAAUAAAAUGAUUUUGUGAUUUCAAGCAUUAAAAUGUAUAUCUGGUGGUAUUUUUUAAAUUUGUCAUGUUAUUUUAUAAAUACCUUUUUUUGUAUCUCUAUGCUAUAUAUAUUUAGUAUUUUUACCAAAUAA